UAUUGAGUGUCUCUAGUGAAAAAACACAGUGCUUCAGUCAUUCCAUAUAUCAUUACAGGUUUCAUUCAUUGGUCAUUCCAGUGUGUGCCAUUGUUGAAAUCUCCCUUGAGUCAAGUUGGGCAUCAUGGGGCUUUCACAGGGAAAGGAAUUCACUGAAGAUGAGCUGGAAGACUAUCAGAACCUGACAUACCUGACAAAGAAGGAGAUCUUUCAUGCAUACAAGAAGUUCCGGGCCCUGGAUCCAGAGGCAGUGAAGCAGAGCAAGCGAAAUCCCCUUCCCAUGGUGUCUGUUGCAGCCCUACCUUUGCUUCGUGUCAACCCUUUUGCUGACAGAAUAUGUCAGGUUUUCAGCUCAUCACAAGAUGGGGACAUCAGCUUUGAGGACUUUCUGGACAUGAUGUCUGUGUUCAGUGAGGCUGCACCAAAGUCAGUCAAAGUUGAAUAUGCAUUCAGGAUAUUUGAUUUUGAUGGGGAUGACCUUCUGGGAUUUGGGGACCUGACUACAAUACUUGAUCGCCUGACUUCACCUAUGCGGCUGAAAGAGGAAGAUAGAGCAUUGUUAGUGAGUCAACUUCUGGAAGAGGCUGAUCUAGAUGAGGAUGGGGCUUUGAGCUUUGCUGAAUUUGACCAUGUCAUUACCAAGACCCCUGACUUCAUGUCAUCUUUUCGAGUUCACAUGGCACAGACUGUGCUGCAUAAUCUGCAGUCUGCAUUCCUUAAGCUGAGGUUUGGUUUUAUGUUGCUCCCUCAUGGCCUGGGCAGGGAUGGAAGAAUGAUUGAUAUUGAUAAACCUAGUGCUGAAGUUAGUGUCAAUGGUGUUUUCAGCUCAUCACAAGAUGGGGACAUCAGCUUUGAGGACUUUCUGGACAUGAUGUCUGUGUUCAGUGAGGCUGCACCAAAGUCAGUCAAAGUUGAAUAUGCAUUCAGGAUAUUUGAUUUUGAUGGGGAUGACCUUCUGGGAUUUGGGGACCUGACUACAAUACUUGAUCGCCUGACUUCACCUAUGCGGCUGAAAGAGGAAGAUAGAGCAUUGUUAGUGAGUCAACUUCUGGAAGAGGCUGAUCUAGAUGAGGAUGGGGCUUUGAGCUUUGCUGAAUUUGACCAUGUCAUUACCAAGACCCCUGACUUCAUGUCAUCUUUUCGAGUUCACAUGUGA